CGCAGUGUGGUCACGGCCCGGCCUGCCUCCUGCUCAGCUGCCCAGAUCGGGAGGAGAGGAGGGAAGAGCCCGCGGAGGGGAGCACCCAGGGCCCGGGGAGAACCUUCUAGAAGAAUGGAGCCCCCGCCUCAGGCAGGGGUCUUGGAUGAGGAUGGCUACACUCUGUUAACCUUUCGCCAGAGAGACUUGGAGGGGAAGAGGCAGAAGGCCCCGGAGGAAGGAAAGAAGGCCGCGCCGACUCCUUGGAGACGCGUUGCUGUGACCUUGGGCGUCCUCUUCGGGGUCAUUCUGGUCGUAGCGGUGGUUCUCGGCGUCCUGGUGUUGCAGAGACGGAGUUCAGGGAGCGGCGCGGCGGGCCGCCACGCCUGGCCACCGAGCCAUAAGCCCAGCACCGAGGCGGCGGGGGAAGGCGGCGUGGCCCCCACCCGGGCGGCCAUUCCCACAGGCCUCCCCUCCCAGCCCUGUCCCCGCAGCUGGUCCAGACACGGCGCCAGCUGCUACCGGUUGGUUUGGUCCCUGGAUUCCUGGAACGGAAGCCGGAGACGCUGCUCCCGGCUAGACUCCGCGCUCCUGGCCAUCGAGAGCCCGGAAGAGUUUGAUUUUGUAAGAAGCCAAACAUCUCUCCAUCCUGCCAACGCCUUCUGGCUGGGCCUUUCCCGGCGCGGCGCCCAGGGGCCGUGGCUCUGGGAAGAUGGGUCUGUACUCUCUCCUGACAUAUUUCCUGUCAGAAGCACAGCCACUCAGGAGGGGGCCCCUGACUCCUGUGCCUGGAUCCACGGGUCGGACAUUUACACUCAGUUGUGUCACACGCCCGCAUUUAGUAUCUGCAAGAGGUUGUCUGUGUAAGAGGCCGGAGGAGAUGAAGAGGCGCGAUUGUAAAAAUGGCUCAAAAAACAAAAUAAAACGGAGUGAUUUCUGAGGCCGCAAA